CAACGGCAGAACAAUGAAAGAUUUGUGAUGAAAGGGCAAACACGAUUGGAUAAUCGAUAUGUUGUUCCUCACAAUCUAGAUAUUUUGAAGAAGUACAAAGCCCAUAUCAAUGUAGAAUGGUGCAAUAAGUCAAGCGCUAUCAAAUAUCUCUUCAAAUACAUUACAAAAGGAGUGGAUAGAGCAACAUUCAUAAUUCAGAAGGGAACUAGUGACAAUAUUCAAGGAUCUGGAAAUGGUUCUGAGCCAAAACCACGAAAUGAGAUAAAUGAGUAUCUCGAUUGUCGUUAUUUAUCAGCGUGUGAAGCCAUGUGGAGAAUAUUUAAAUUUAAUAUUCACCACCACAAUCCUGUCGUCCAACGACUACCGCUACACCUUCUUGGGGAGCAAUGCACAGUAUUUGGCGAAAAAGAGAAACUUCCAAGUGUUGAAAUUCGUUACGGACAUGGGAGGACGAUGUUUACAGAGUAUUUUGAAAUGAAUAAGAUAUGUGAAGUAGCCCGGAAGUUGAAAUAUGUGCAGAUGCCAUUAGAGUUUUUGUGGGAUAGUGACAACAAAAUGUACCGUAGACGAAAGCAACGGGGAAACGUGGGAAUGGUCGUAAACAUACACCCUACAGCAGGUGAUUUGUAUUAUCUCCGAAUCAUGCUCAACGAUGUCAAAGGUGCCACAAGUUUUGAUGAUUUGAAGACUGUUGGAGGUGUUCUUCAUGAAACUUUUAAAGCAGCAUGUUAUGCAAGAGGUUUGAUAGAUGGAGACAAAGAAUGGCAUGAAGCUAUGGAUGAAGCCUCACAAUGGGCAACAUCAUAUCUACUUAGAAGCCUAUUUGUCUUAAUUUUGAUAUAUUGUGAAGUUUCACAACCUCUAAAGGUAUGGAAUCACUGUUGGGAGUAUAUGGCAGAUGACAUACUACGAAAGCAACAAAGAGUUCUGAAUUUCCCUAUAUUAGAACUAAAACCGGAAGAAUUGAAGCAGUACACACUGAUCGAGAUUGAAACACUCCUACGCCAGCAUGAAAGGUCACUAACAGAUUAUCCAGAAAUGCCUCAGCCAGAGAAAACAAUAUUGGAAGAACUAAAGAACUCCUUACUUCAGCAAGAGUUUCAGUUCAACAUACAAAAGGAGAAAGCAUCACAUGAUGAAUUAUUCAGGAAGCUCAACCAUGAACAAAAAAAAGUUACGAUGAUGUGCUCAAGUCUGUGACAAAUAAAGAAGGCAAGUUAUUCUUUUUAUAUGGAGCUGGAGGUACAGGCAAAACAUUUCUGUAUAAGACUAUUAUCUCUGCUCUAAGAUCAAAAGGCAAAAGUGUGAUUCCAGUAGCAUCAUCAGCUAUUGCAGCUUUACUCCUACCAGGCGGCAGGACGGCACAUUCAAGGUUCAAGAUACCAAUCACGGUUCAUGAGGAUUCAAUUUGUGAAAUUAAAGCAGGAACAAUGCUAGCUCAGGUACUCAGUAAGGUGGAUCUUAUUAUUUGGGAUGAGGCACCUAUGGCACACCGCCAUACAUUUGAA